AUGUCAAACUACCCUCCAACCCCCUCGUAUGGAGGUCCAUCCAGCUAUGUGCAGCAGUGGCCGCCGCCCCCGCCUCCGGCGUCGACGUCCUCCCUCCCUCCCUUGCCACCGAAUUUCGCGAUGAGCAACGCUGGCAGAAUGCACGAUCUCAACGCCCCGGGGUCUUUUAAUACCGAGUCGCACCUUCCUGGGCUAGGCAUGCCUGGCGCUUCGAUUCCCCCGCCAUUUUUUGUGAAUCAGCUUCCAAAUAACAACUUCUCAGCUCCGUUCUAUCCUGCGCCAAUGAAUCCAUUGGGGUAUCAACCAAUUUCGUCGCAGCCUGCGCACGUUAGUUCGCAACCUGGAGUAGCCUCCACCCAGGCCGGGGCUCCGGCGUCUGUUCAGACUCAAACGAAUCAUGCGCUUGGAAAUUUGCCCAAUACUCAAAAAGCUUCUAGUGAUGAGCUGGAUAGGGAAGAAGGCGAAGUGAGCGAGAAGAAUGGCGAAUCUUUCUCCGGUCGUCAGUAUAACGGUCAGAACUCUUCUCGAUCACCUGUGCCUCAUAUAGCUGAUCAAGAAGGCACCCAUGGAGCAGACUCGACUUCCAAGGAUCUCAACGGGCUGGAGGCAGGAAGAGAUUCCUCGUCAUUUCAGCUUCAUGAGACGUCACGGAGGCACUCCACUGGAAUGGCGGACGCGGGGUCGUCUUCAGCGACUCCUCAGUCAAGAAGAGAUGCUAGUGAAUCCCCUUAUAACCCUCCCAUGUCCAUCAAUGUCGACCAUCUGGACGAUCAUGUCCGAGGGGCAUCUGACAAAGCAAGUCAGCCGGCGGCAGAGUCUCAGUCCAAUUCUAUCGAUAGCAAAGACGGAAGACCUUCAUACCUUGCUGGAAAGACACCUGCUCAAAUGCGUGUCCUCGCUCAGGGGGCUCUGCUAAGUCUUGCGCCCCACAACAUCCGCUACAAGGAGCUUGUGGAGGAAGACAUAAACCCUACAAUCCUCAGGCAGCUCUACGAGGAGAUCGGUAUCAAAAUUACGCCCACAACGCCAGACUCCAAGGCUGCCGCUCAAGUUGACUCCGGUUCUACUGUUGCGCCAGCUCAAGCAACAAACGGUGAUUCUGGUCCCGUAAAUGGCCAGGUGAAUCCCGUGAAAAGUCAGGAGACUGUGCCUCCUGCUCAACCAUCGCAAACUCAGAAUGCUGGGUCAACCACAGCGGCUAAGAAAGCUCCUGAGGUUGCUGGGAAGGAGGCUGUGCUUCAGACAGAAAUGGGCAAGCCUCUAGAGCGGAAAGAAGUCAUCGCUCGGAUGCUCGCCGCUAAAGCCAAUAAAACUUCCAACCCCCCGAGUACCACGAAGACGGAAGCUCCAAACGUUCCUGCAGAUAAGGCGCCCGAAGCUCCAGCACGAACCGCUCCAUCCGGUGAAACGCAACCCAAAGAGAAGAACAAGGCUCAGACAGAAUUAGCACGGCAACGAAUGGAACAAUUAAAGAAGCAGGGACUUCAAAGAUCGCAACCGUCAAACCAAGGCACCAGUCAGGCCCAAGUUUCGCAAAGCUCUGGCCAGUUACCUGUGACCGUGCCAUUACAACACCCUCUUCCAGAACGUCCACCUGACCCCGAACCAACACCCGCCGCACCUGCCGCCCGAAUUCCCGGGCUUUUUAUGACGCAGGCUGAGCCUUCUGAUGCCGCGAAAUCUCGUCCUCAGAGUACUCCAGUAGCUGACUCGGUCUCCACGGAGACCAAAUCUAUGCUUCGCAAGCGUCCUCGAGCGUCCGAUUUUGAUGAACCGACCACAACAUCUAAAAAGCCAUUGCUCCCUGAGGAUAGACUAGUUAUUGAUAUCAGCGAGGAUGAAUCGCUUUACGGAGAGGACGACGAAGGCAACAAGAUGGCAGUUGAGACAACGUCAGGAUCUUCGCAAGCUCCAGCAACAAACCAAUCUGCGACCCCUCAACCUUUACCGCCACACAAAGUAACGGGGCCUUUGCACCAGCGGUCAUCAGUGUCAGCAACUCCGCAGACUCCUCGGUUGACUGAUCAAGAAACCCUCAGGCAGAAAGAUCUGGAGAUUCAAGCUAUGCGCCGCCGCAUUGCUGAGUAUGAAGAGCGGAAAAAGGCUAAACUAGCUGCGAAUCGUACACAGCCUCCAGAGUCUGCGAAUGGGCCUUCUGCCACAUCGCUGCCUGGGAAUAAUGCUGAAGCUCAACCUUUACCGGAAGGAGCCCCGGCAGCCCCGGCGACGGAUGCAGAUUCCCAGCCUAUUUCCACAGCUCCGACAGACUCCAAUCUCCCCAGCCUCCAUCGUAGGCCCUCUAUUCAAUCGCUGGCGUCGAUGGAUCUUGCUCAACUGGAGAGGAUCCGUCAAAAGAUUUUACGGAAACAAGAGAUCGAGUCUGGACUUCCGGCUCUGGAUGCUAAAUUGUCGAAGUCGGAAGCCAAACUUGCAGAAUGCAAAAGAGAGGAAGAACGUCUCCUGGCUGAAAUUGCGAAGGGAAAGGAAGGGAGAAAGCAACUUAUUGACGAACUGGAGAGUUUGGGGGUUGAGACUGGGGGUCUCACUCUGGAGCAACUCCAAGCGGCUAAGAACGAAGCAGAACAAAGAGAACGUUACGAGGCUGCUCAAGUUCAACCACAAGAACAUCCUGAAUCCCCGGAUGCUGUUGCAACCGAUACGUCCAUAUCAAAGCCAGCGUCCGAUGAAGAACCACAAAUAACUACGUCGCCUCAGUGUGUUGACAGCGAGCAAAAACCGAAUUCCGAUAUCGUUGCAGUCUCACAGAUGCCGCAAGAACCUUUGGACGCGAGUGCGGUAACUUCUGCUAAAGAGGACGACACAAGUGUCGCUGUUGAACGCGAGAACACCGGCUCCGUCUCUUCUGGCACAUCAAUGGAUGAAUCCAUCAGCAGUGCACAAUCCACGUCGGUCGAUCAGCCACCGCAGUCGGAUUCGGGUGCUUUAAGUCAAGCCACGGUCCCGGAAGCCCCGGCUGUAUGCGAAACAGAAGCGCCGACAGACGCUGGAUUACCGGAGAAAGAAGUCGAGAGCACGUCUCAGCCAGUGUGCCUUCCAGGUUUAGAAGCACCUUGUCCCGCGGUUGAUACUGUUUCGGACAACACCAAGAGCGUUCCUCCUGAGGAAAAUGUCAACCGUUCCCGUGAACCUUCGGUUGCAUCCGACGUUUACGAGCCUCCUGAACCCGAGUACAGUCCGGACGGCGCCGCUUCUGACUAUACUCCUCCUUUCAGCCCUAGCCCUCCCGAUCACGUAGAAGCGGAAACUGUUCCAGCCCCUCCAUCUUCCUUGCCCGAGGCUGAUGAGGCACUAACGAGACACGUUCAGGAAUCAACGAGCGCUCAUGAACCUGAGUUUGAUAUACUUGGCGAUGAACGACGCAGGGACGACUUGGCGUCCAGGUUCUCGCCGUAUAUCAGUCCUCUGAGAUACUUUAAGUCUUAUCGCUACCACCCCAAGUUUACCGAAAAUGUUUCGGGAGGCUAUCGUUCGUUGACCUACAGCCAUAACAUUGAUCCUAUGAAAGCACUUUGUCCUUAUGAGGCUGCUGGCGGCGUUUGCAACGACAAUACGUGUGAAUUUCAGCAUUGGCGUCACAUGGUUCUAACCGAUGACAAGAUUCUGGUCCAAAUGGGCUCUCUCCGGGAAGGAAAAACGCCAGAAGAGCGAGACAAGUACAUCGAGGGUCUGAAACAGAUCAUCAAUGACAUGCGGCGCGAUAAGGUGAAGGACUUCAACACGGUGGCCACCGAAAUUGCCGCAUACCGUAGACGUUUCCUCCAGGAUCCCUCGCGCGUUGUCCCUCUGUAG